AGGUGGCAGUGGUGUAACGUCAUAUCCAGCGCACUCAACAAAAGACAUCAAAGAAGAGAGAUAAGUAUGGACGGGUCACAGUCACAGUGGAGGCCACCACGUGCCUGUGAAGUCUACUGGAGUGAAUUCAAGCACUGUAAGAGUCUAUUGAACAGAUUUCAUCAGUACUACACACAUGGCAAAGCUCCAGACUGUCAGCAGUGGAAAGAGGAUUUUAAUUCCUGUAAAGAGUGGGAAAAAAAUCAAAGCGCACAUUUUAGGGAAUCUCUUCAGCAGAGCGAGAGGAAGCGUGUGGCCGAGCAGAAGAAGUUCUCUCCAGUCUGGGAGCUCCGUCAGACUCCUCCAGCUGACUGGCAUCUGCCACUCAACCAGGGCAAACCACAGGACUCUUAAACACACAUUGCAGAAUACAUCAGACUAUUGAUGAUUGUCAUAUACAAUAAAUCCAUGAAGAAAGUUUCCUGCAGAUGUCAGGAUUCUUCUUUUCUGCGUUUUCUGAUUUACUGUUCUGUUGCACUUCUUUAAAUCUGAGGUCCACACAGAAAAAUGCAGAGCAGCUUACAGUCAAAUAUAAUAAAUUAUGGAAGCUUUUAACCUCCUAAGAAAUACGUUUACAUUACAUUUUUUUGUUGUUUGCACCAUAAUACUUAAUUUGGUGUAACUGAAACCUGUUGUACACAAAUGUGGACAAUUACACUGCUUCAUGUUCAUAUUUAUUGGUUCUUCUUAACCCAAAUAGCUGGAAGAAAUCUAAAAUGCAAGCCAAACCAAACCUCGGGAAAAAUAAAUAUUAGAUUAUGUUUUGUUUUGUCAUUAUGAAUCUUUGCAUAAAACCAAAGAACGGCUUUAUUUAAUCCAGAAUAUGUCUGUGAAGUUUCAGUUCAAAAUACCACAGUAAGUCAGUGGCUGUGGGCGGGGCUUUAUCGGUGUGACAUCACAUUGACAAGAAUAUCAAAACAGCAUGUCUAAUGCGUUGGUUUAAUGUGGAUUUACAAGAAGAGGGUGGAUAAUUUUUAUUGUAGGGUUGUUGUGUUCACACACUGCCAACACACAUUUAUGUCCAAACAUAAACACCUUGUAAAAGUGUAUUUUGCAUAAAAUGUACCCUUUAAUGCCAGUACAAUUGUUCAUGUUAGUUCAUUGUGCAUUAACUUAUGUCAAUCGUUGUAAUUUUUCAUUUAGUAAAUGCUGAAAUACAUUUUCUGAAAUUAAAGUAAAAAAAAACAUUGAGAUUAGUGAAAAAAGACUUUUAAUUUUUUUAAAGAUCUAUUCCAGAUAUUAACCAACUGUGUCUGUGUGGGCUGUCCCACACUGGGUGUUAACAAAUAUUUAUUUA